CUUCUCGAUCGCCCAUGUUCGUUAUUUUAGUUCCUUUGGGCGAUCGAUCUAGGUGCUCUGCACCAUCCAAUUCAAGAUAUCUGAGCCAGGCAGGGCUCGGUUGAUAUCGUUCAGUUCGAGGGUCUGGAUGGAAUCCGAGCUCUGAGAAUGGCCUCAACUGGAUCUCAGAGCAUCCCGCGGGAUGCCGAGUCCGGAGCCAACGGCAACCUCACCACUGGCGCCAUUGCUGGUAUAGCAUGUGGCGCCGGUGCACUCUUCCUGGGCGCUGCUGGCUUGUUCGUCGUGUAUUGGCGAAGGCAACGACAGUUUGACCGGGAAGACAACUCGGACGGGGACAGCUUUGACGAAAGGCGGCCACCAGGCAACAUGGCCCCCGCCGUCGCUUACACCAUGGACUACAAGAUGGACGAUCCCCAGCACCACGAAGGCGACCAUACGUCUUCAUACACCUACUCGCCCGAGAAGUCAUCUUAUACCUUCUCCCCUCUCGGCGCACCUGACGUCGCCAGCGCGAUGCCAACUCACCCAGCCUACAUCCCGCGGGCUCUGGUCCGAGGAUCAACGACCCCGAGCAACCGCUCAACAGCAACCACCUCACCACCGCCCUUCCCAAGCCCCCCUUUUCCCGCCUCGUCCUCCAACUCCAAAACCCAGCCAGGCGAUGUCGUCAUGCAAGCCUACCGGACCGCCGCAACCGCGGCUCAACCCAUCCAACCGCAGGACACCAACAAAGACAACGUCAACCUCCAAGGGGAACCCGACUACUCGCCUUCAAGCCUCCCAAUUCAGCCAGCAGGACACCACCGCCGCCCAACCCAGAUCCCCGCGGUGGCCAUGGGCCCCUUCACAUCCCCACCGCACUCGGCCUCCUCCACGGACGGCACCACCACCAGCACCAGUAACCCAACCCCAGCAAGCAAAAGAAAACCUCGCGCCUUCCCCCCACCGCCCCUGAAUCUCCUGAACAACAGCGCCAACGAUAAGCCCCUCUCGGGCAAGGAAUCCACCACCAUCUCGGGCCCGCUCGCUUUCCCCCAGCACUACCACCACCAGUACCUCACCGCGACCCAAGGGGCCAGCAGCCAAAACAACAACAAUAGCAACAGCAACAGUAAAUCCAAAUCAGGCUGGACGCGUGAGGACAACACCAUCACCACCAGCCCGGAAAACGACUUAUUCGGUUAUGACGGCGACGAGAGGGAAGGGACGCAGUCCCAGUCCGAGAGUCGUCGGACGUUCCGCAGUCGGUUGCGGGAUAGCUGGGGUGCCGGUGGUGCUAGUGGUGGUGGUGGGAGUAGCAGUGGCGACAAGGGUAAGAAGCACAGCCGGAAGCGGUCGGAACGGAACAGCGGUGGUGGGUACGGAGGGGGCACUCGGCAUUAUGCUGAGAUUGAGAUUGGAAGGGGGAGCGAUAUCUGGUGAUUUAGUUCUAGUGACGACGGUACGGUACGCACUCUUUUUGUAUUACGUAUAAGGAUCUCUCGGGUUGGGUUGGUCGGUCCAAAGGCGGAUAUGGCGUUAUGUGUUUGACACUUUUGGAUUCGGGUCACCGAUGGCUUCAUGGUGGUAAGCCGGCUUCUGCUUCGGGAGUUCCAGGUGUACUUCAUAAGGUACCUGAUUGUCACAGCGCGUCCAGUGGGAGAAUGGCCCACCACAAGACAGAUCCAACAUCAGAAUAAAUGCUCGGUGAUGCGUAUUCAACGACCAUUGUCCUAACAU